AUGGCCCUGGCUGUCAUGUCAAUGAAUCGAGAUCCUGCACGGUGGACGAGCGUGGAGCUGGCGGAACACGAUGUUGAGAAGGAGGUUUCUGAAAGUGACAACCAUACCCUCGGAAUGACGGUCCUCCCCCUGUCUCGCACUGCCAGUGAGUCGGCCAAGGGCCAAUGGACUAGCAGGAGGCUUCGUCAUAGGAACAUCUUUGCGUCGCCUAUUGGGCCCGGUUUUCAAGGUAUGCAUCAAUAG